CCCAGAUUAAUCUCUAUCAACCUGGUAAAAAAAAAUCUGCAGUAGAUAAAUGUGUCACUCAAUUUGUGUGAAGCUGACCUACUGUAAUACAUUUUUUUCAGUCUCUUCCGGCAUAAUAUUAUGAAGGCGUUAUUCUUUAGCAGAGCUUUUUUCACAGCUUUUUACACAUGUGAAGAAGACAGAGUGUUACUUGCCUUAGGUGGUACUUUUGUAAGUAAAAAAUUAUGCUUCGUGAACAAUCUUUUUUGUUUAUUUCUGGAAUUACUGUAUCGGUGUAGGAUUGGUUUGACCUGUUUUUCACUCCUUUUUUUUAAGAGCAUUUGUGCCAUGCAUGAUUAAUUCUUGUAGAAAAUGAGUUUAUAUUUUUUCCUCCUGCUCUGCACCUCUAUCGAUCUUUCAUACAGUGAAGAUGAUGCUUGGCAGGAGCCACUUAUAACUGCUAAAGUUGGAGGCCAUGUUAACCUUACAUGUCUAAUUACAAGGCAGAGAAUAACCACAAUUAUAUGGUUGAGACAAAAGUUUGGAGAAAAGCCUCAUGUGAUUGCCACAUCAUAUCAACAUCAACCUGCAAAGUUUUAUAAUGAAUUUGAUGAUGAUGGUCGCUUUUACACAAAUAUUGGACUUGUUAGUUUUAAUCUGAGCAUCAGAAACGUGAAACUAUCGGACUCUGCCACUUACUACUGCGCUGUCACAUUUCUUUAUGAUAUAGCGUUUGGACAAGGCACAGUUCUCUUCGUGAAAAAUGAGACAUUUAAGGGCAGCACGCUUAUUCAGCAGGAAAAGGUUCAGACAGCUGACACAGGAGACUCUGAAUCUCAGUGUACAGUUGUCUCUGAUCGCUGUGCGGGAGAUCACAAUGUGUACUGGUUUAAACAUGGCUCAGGAAAAUCUCAAUCAGGAAUCAUUUACACUCAAGGACAAAGCAGUGGCCAGUGUAAGAAAAGUGUUUAUCCGUCUUCUACACAGACUUGUGUUUACAGUCUCCCCAAGAAUCUCAGCAGCUCUAAUGAUGGAACAUAUUACUGUGCUGUAACUGUGUGCGGCGAGAUACUGUUUGGAAAUGGAACCAAAAUUAAUAUCAAAGAUGAUCAUUAUCAGAUUGAGGUUUUGGUUCUUCUUUCCAUCAUACGAUCAGUUGUGCUUCUCAUCACUUUCACUAUUUGUCUAUUCUGUACCUGUACUCAAAAUUGACCAAAGUUUUAAACUUUUCUUAUUGGCUUAUAAUAAAUGUAAAUAUGCUCAUGACUGUCCUAAGGUUAAUCCUAAGGUUAUCUGACUCAAGAAUUCUGACAUUUAUUAUAACCACAAGGCUGUAUAGAUAUAUGACCACUCAUAUGUGUCCACAACAUAAAAUCUAAAUUCUAGCAAAAAUUUCAUAGCACUGAAACCAUCACUACAGUACAAGCUGUAAGUCAGCCUGUCUCUAACUAUGGCUUAAUUUGAACAAGUUUUUUUUUUUUUUUACUCAAUAUUUGUUUAUAUUGUCUCAAACAUACCAGUUAAUAGACAUUUAAUUGCAUUGAACUGUUGUAUAAAAUCAAUAAUGCAUUCACAAUUUCCAAGACCAUGAUAAUCUAUGGCCAAAUCACAGGCAUUCUAAUAAUCGUACGAUAUUGCUAUGUAAUUUCUGUUAUAUUCUUUGUUACAGCAUGUAUCACUGGACGCUUAUAGUGCCCUGUGUAUAAUUAUAAAGUGUGAUUAUUAAAAAAGAAAAAAAUUAAUCAAGUAUGAAUCAAGAUGGAAUUAAUAAAUACUUUAUAUUUUAUUGAAAAACAUUAAACCACACAAAACAUUUGGUUUGCAUAUCAACGUUAACCAGCCUAUAAUAUAACAUGCUUAUUUUGAAAAGUAUGUUAGGCCAUUUUUUUAGAAAAAAAAAAAAAACUGUACGUUUAUAUUUUUACAAUUAAGAUUUAAAAUUGGUGUAUUAAAAUAUAACCUACUACAGUGGUACCCCGCUUAUCGACCGGCUCGGACAUUGACCUUUUCGCUUAGCGAACAGUUUUUCGACCGUAAUUUGCGCCCGCUGAAUGACCAAAUGCCCGCUUAUCGACCUUUUUUUACCCCGACCCAUGUGGAGCGAGGGAAAGGGUCUCCCCGGUCUCGCUUCAGCCGUUGUGGAGAGAGCAUCUAUCGUAAAUUAUACUUUGGUUUGUGAACAAUAAAGUGUUAUUUAGCAGUCAAUAUAACAAUUUAGUGCUUGCAUAUUGUAUAUUGUGUGUACAUUUGCUCUUUGACCUUUCCGCGUUUCGACUGGUUUUAAGGAACGGAUUAAGGUCGAUAAGCGGGGUACCACUGUACCUCUGUUUUUUACUGAGAUAAAAAAUAUCUUUGUUUUUCAAU